CAUGAUCAAACUCUGAAACAUGGCGGCUGGUAAUGAACAAUCUCUUGAAUACAAUAAAAAGGGGUGUGAUCAUACCUCGAAUACUUCCAUUCGCUAUUUUAAUAGAGACGUUAUUUUUAAUUCUUCAAGUCACUAAACAACAGACGGAUAGAAUAACUGUUUCGUUUCAUUUUAGCAAUUGUCGAUAUGUCCGACAUUAUUAUUUAUUAUUUACCAUUUUAAUGUUGGUCACAACAUACAAUUAAAAUGAAAAUGCCACAAUUAAAAUACUAAUUACAAUUUAGACAAUUAAAUGUUUUGGUAAAUUAGGAGGACGAAUGCCACUAUUUUAUCGAAUUUCACGAAUGUAUGCCUAAAUCGAUCCCUAUGCCUAACCUGAACCCUAAAUCGAUCCCUCAACCUAACCUUAACCCUAAUUCACUGCAACUAUAAUAAACACCCAAAAGACGCCGUGGCAUUCGUCCUCAGAUUUAGCCAAUAUUUUAUUAUCUAACCACCCAACGCCAGAUGACGAUGAGCUUUUACACCUUUAAGUAAAAUAAAUGUUAUAGGGUAAUCUACCACUUGAGUGUCUGUUAAGAAAAAAUCAUGUUGGAAGUGCUAUUUAGGGUUUAGGUUAGAUUGAGGAAUCGAUUUAGGGUUCAGGUUAGCCAUAGUCAUAGUGAGUCAUAGGGAUCGAUUUAGGGAUACAUUAGUGACAGAAUUAACUGGUUGUGUCAACCAAGAUGGCGGCCAUCACGGGACAUCUCUAAUAAUUUACCUAAAAUUCAUUAAUUGAUCCAAAGGGAAAUGUUUUUAUGGCAUAGUACAUAUUCAUUUCAGCACUUACAAAAAAAUAUUGUUUUUUUAAUUUUGCAAAAUUUAAACAAUUUAAUAAUUUUUCAAAUAUAAAAAUUUAAACAAUUUGAUUUAAAUGUGUGGUAUAAAAAGAAAACAGAGUCUCAGUUUAUAUCAUCUCCACAAAAACUAUUGUGGGAUAUGACAUGCAAAUACAGUGGAACCUCUCAUAACGAGUAAUUUGCAUAACGAGCAAAAAAAAAUGUGAAGAAGUUGCUCCCUUAUACGAGCGACAUUUCGCAUAACGAGUUACGCAGAAAGGGGAAUUCCUUUUUCCCUCACUUCUGCUUGGAAAAAACUGUCCAGAGAGUGUUGUUGAAUGUGAUUUUGAAACAGUACCUGUGGAGUCUACAGUUAACGAGAUUGUGUCAUUGGCCAAUAUAAUGGGACUCGAGGUGGACAACAACGAUAUUGAAGAGCUUGUGAAAGAGCAGAGUCAAGAGUUGACCACCGAAGAGCUUAUGGAGUUGCAUUGUGUUUCACAGCAAGAAAUUAUGGAGGAGAGCUCAUUAAUGGAGAAGGAAGUAGCAAAGCAACAAUCUUCUAGCGCAAUAAGAGAAAUGCUGAAAGCAUGGGAAACUGUUGCAUCGUACAUUCAGAAGCAUCACCCUAAUAAGGAGGUGGCUAUUCAUGCUACAAAUUUAUUCAAUGAUAAUGCUGUGACACAUUUUCAUCAAAUUUUGAAGCGUUGGGAAAAACAAAUGUCUUUAGACAGUUUUCUAGUUAAAAAAGCAUUAAUUAUUUUUCAUAAAUUCAUAUUUUUAUUUACGUUUUUUGUUUCAAAUCUAAAUUGUAUUCCAAGUUGUUACACUCCUUAACAAUUCAUAAGUAAUUUUAUUUGAAUAAAUGUUAAUAAAAUUUUGGAAAAUGACUAUUUUUUCCGCAUGUAACGCAUUAUCGUAUUUUACAUUGAUUUGUAUGGGAAAAAUUGUAUCGUUUAACGAGUGUUUAGCUUAACGAGUAAGAUUCUGGAACGAAUUAUGCUCCUUAUGAGAGGUUCCACUGUAAAUUGCAGCUUGUGCCAAAAUGUCUUUUCAGUUUGUGCAUUGCAUGCAUCCACAUAUUUUCAACAGUCUGUGGAUAGACACCAGCGUCAUUUUGAUUAACAAAAUUUUUUUGAUGAACAACAAUGGAGUAUGCAUAGAUUCCAAGUCUGAUUUGGUUUAUGUUUGUAUAAGCCACCCAUCUGUCUAGUACAAUUAGUGAGCCUGAAAAAAUAUAUCUCUCUAUGCACUCCUGCAACGUUAUCGCACUUUGUUCUGACACUUUAACAAGAAAACAGCACCCACUCUCUCUUUCUAUGCCACUGGAAACCCAGUGGGCGUCAGUGUACAAUUAACAGACAUCAAUAACCGUUUAAAUAGCACUCAAAACCGGAACAACACGUUCAUUUCAUAACCCAUGCUUAAGUGGUAGAUUACCGGUUAUAAGGCUAACAAUAUUAUUUUAUUAUGACAUUCUGUUAGGGUAGAUUUGCCAAACAUAUGUGCCUAAUAAUAUCAAAAAUAUUUUUUGUGAUGUUGCAACUCUAACUAGGGCAUCUUCUACAGCAGGCCUACACAAUAUAUGGUCCGUGGGCCGCAUGCGUCCCGCCAGCACCCACUUUGCGGCCCGCGAAUAAAUGAAACAUUCUUUAUUCUUAUUAUUUCCUUAUGUACCCACUAGACAGCUCUGCUCAUCCGAUAGUGGCAAAAUAUCGAUACGGCGUGUUCGCCUUAAGACUUACGAAAAGCUCACUUUUACAUUUGCUGGGCCAACAAUUUGGAACGCCCUUCCUGUCGCUCUCAGAAACAGUCAGACACUGGAGUCCUUUAAAAUUGAUUUAAAAACAUAUCUAUUUCGCAAACACCUUCUGGGGUGAUGCUGUCUACCAUCUUUUUCCAGUUAAUGUAUUUUGUUUGUGUUGCUAACGGUUGAAAUGGGAUGAAAGACUUUGACUUGGUAUGCUCAUAUGUAGCUUUUAUAUUGUUGCGUCUGUUUUUAAAUGUGGUAAAUUUUAGAUUGUUUUUAUUUCUCUUUCUAAUAUGAUUGACUUUGUACCGCGCUUCGAGUUUUUGGGGGAUGAAGCGUGUUGUUCAAAUAAACUUUAUUAUUAUUAUUUUCUUAACAGCAUUCCUCCCUGUCCUAUUUUCUUUUGACCCGCACAAGUCCUGUCCUAUUUUCUUUAAGGCCUGCACAAGUUUUUCAUAAAAUAUUAUAUAAUAUUAUACAUUUUGAGUUGUGCCGGCCUAUUCUACAGUACAAAACCUCUACUAGGCCUAAUAUUUGUAAAGACAAGAGUUUUCUUUAAAGAGAGUGCCAAAAUUGUCUAUAAUAAUAAUAAUAAUAAUAAUAAUAAAGUUUAUUUAAAAAACAUGCUUCAUCCCCAAAGACUCGAAGCGCGGUACAAAGUAAUAUAAUUUACCACAUUUAAAACAAACGCAACACUACAAAAACUAAUUACAAGCAUACCAAGUCAAAGUCUUUCUACCCAUUUCAAUCCUAAGGAACACAGCCAAUAUGCAUUAAAUGGAAGAUAUGGUAGACAAUCAUCCUAGAAGGUGUUUGCGAAAUAGAUGUGUCUUUAAAUCGGUUUUAAAGGACUCCAAUAUCUGUUUGUUUCUGAAAUUGACUGGAAGGGCGUUCCAAAUUGUUGGACCAGCAAAUGCGAAAGUGCAUAUAGAGCUCCUUGUCCCAAUUAAUUGGAAUUGACUAUCAAGUUAACCUUCCGGCAGGCAUGCUCUUUUCAAAUGAGUCCGGGCGCGGUGUAUCAAUUUGAUACUGCUAAUGAGUGACUAGUUAAGAUAAUUUAUUUUAAAAAUAAUUUAACCAACAAACAAUAUAAAAUUUAUCCCCUAUAAGUAUGUUUUAAGAAAUUUCCUCUAUAUCCUUGAGAUUCUUAAGAUCAAAAAUUUUCCUACCACCCACCAUGUUAGACAACAGAAGUUGCCUGAAAUAUAUAAGGAUCAAUAUAAAUAUCUCGUAUGGGCGCAAUAUAUCUAUAUGAUUUUUACUAUUUAAAAACACAUAAUAAGAUAGUGUAUCAGUAUAUUUACUAAUAUAAAAAAAUUAACUUACCCAAUCAAGAAAAUAAUACAUUUGUCAAACUUCAAAAAAGUAACAUGCAAAGGCACGACAUAUCAAUUUGAACAAACAGUUACAAUCUGCACGCUGAAAGCAUUUUCUACACACUAAACGGUCUUGGCUUAUAAAGAAAAGGAAAACAUUAAGCUACUGUUGAGCAGAGCUCGCUGUCAUCUCUCCUUACAUGUACAAAACAUAAAUGGUUAGCUUGUAUCAAUCUGAUCAGAUGCGCCCAACAGGAGGAUUACUUGAUUUUCCUAUAUUUUAAAAUGAAAUAAAGUAUUUUCCUUCAUUGUUUUCAACUUGUACCUUUUGUACACAGAUGAAGUGUCUAAACUUCAGAACCACCUUAGUUUGCUCAGAGAAGAAUAUGUAAAGCUGCAAAAUCGGCUUGCUGAUGUAGAACGAAGAUACCAAGUUGUAAUUGCAGCAAGUGGUGUUAACGGUGAAGCACAGGAUGGUUUUGUUUCCCGUCUGCUUAGAUUUAUUGCAGAUUUAUUUGACAAGGAACAAUACAGGUUUGACAAUAUUUUUUUAUCUGGGCGCUUGAAAAAUCAUUUUUUAUAUUUCAAAUUCUUUUUAGUUUUAACCAUAAUUCAUUAACAGCAGACAUCUUUUAAAAUUAUUUUAUCAGAGAACAUUUUUUCCGUUUCAAGUGAUUUGACAAUCCAAUUGGAAGGAGGCCAUGAAGUUAAUGCUCACAAAUUUAUCCUCUCUGCUCGGAGUGAUGACUGGGGUGUUCCUGAUCUCCAAAUUGUCUCAGGACUUGACAUGACAGGUUGUAAACAAAUGACAGUUGUAGAAAUGUGUUUCCCAAACAUUUACAACGCAUGAUCAAGUUUAAAAAAAAAAUAUUUAUAAGUGCACAUAGUAUAAAAAUAGUAUGAUUUGGGAAUUUUUGUGAGGAUUAUAUUACCCAUUUUAAAAAGCUGAUGUGUUUCAAUGUCAGUGUUAUGAGAACAUCUGGCACAAACCUUUAUUAGAUUUAAUAUUUGGAAGAAAGUUUAACAUGUUAUUUCAUUCAACAAAGAAUUUUAAAUGUAUACAAUAAAUGCAAAUGAAAGCUUAUGCAUGAACUAUUUCUUUGGUAACUUGUGAAGAGCAAUAAAAAAUCUAUGGUAGUAGCUCAUUUAGGGACUAAAAUUUAUUUAUUUAAAGAUAUACAACAUGAUGUAGCUUAUGCUCUGAUCCGAUGGAUCUAUACUGAUGAGAUCAAUAUUCAAGCACAGGAUUCGUUCCUACUAGAACUACUGAGAGCUGCCACUAAAUACAAGCUCGAUGAGCUGCGUAACAGGUGUGUCUUCUAACUUUGGUUUGAAUGUCAUGUUCUCAUUCACUUGUUUAUCCUUUUCUCCGGCCCCCUCCUUGUUCUGACCAAUCACAGUGGACUUACUUUUCCUCUCUUCUUUCCCCUUUUGCCUGUAUUUAAUCUCUCACCUAAUUAUUUUCUUUAGCUGUCUUCUCAGAUACUGUUAUUUUUAUUUAAUUUUGUUUUUAAUGUUGUUUGUUCGCUUAUGAAAGCUUCUUGCGGAUACUUUAGUUAUUUGUUAGGUUUUUUUUUUUAGGUUUGCCCAUACUUUAUUUUGCUCAUUACCAUGUUCCAACUGUGUCAGUUUUAAAUGUUCUGUGUUUAAGCAAGUUUAGUAUUCAAAGCAAGCUGCAUAGACGGAAGAAAUCUGCUAACACAUUAGAAGCUAGCCAGGAUUAUUUUCCAAUAUAGAUACAAUAAAAAAUAUUUGUCUUUUAAAUUUUAUUCAAUUGAUAAAAUAUAUUAACAGGAUUGAUCAACUUUCAUGUCCUUAUAAUUUGUAUUGGUGUACUCAUCUUUGAAAAUUAAUUCUGUAAUCCUUUGAUCUUGAUCUUAAAAUUUUUGACUUUUAACAUUUUUUUUCAGAUGUGAAACUGGUUUAAUGUCCUUUGUCAACAUGAAAAACUGCAUCAAAUUCUACCAGACAGCAGAAGAGAUGCAAGCAGAAGUCUUGAAGAAACACUGCUCUGAACUCAUCUCAAACCAUUGGGUAAAGACAAACUUAUUGCUUAGUUCAAACACUUGGUUACAUCAUAACUUGAGCCAGCUAGAAGUUGGAUUGAAUGAACCCAAUUAUCCAAAUAGUGUCCAAUUGUUUAAUUUAAGGAUGUGACAGGAUAUAAUUAAUUUGUGUUCAACGAGUCUUUCCUUUACAUUUUAUCAAUUCAUUUCUUUAAAUGUAAUUAUUAGCCUAAUUAUUUUAAUGACCUCUGCUGGUUUGUUGUUUCCAAAGUAAGUUGCCAACUUCAGCUCAACAAAAGUUAAUUUUAAUUAUGAAUGAAUUACUCUACUAAAGCAGAACUUAAACUCAAACAGUAACAAAAAGUACUUGAUUCUAAAUAAUUAUAAAGGUACAUUAAAAUAUUUUUCUUAGAAUCAAUUUACCAGAGAAGAUUUUGUCAGCAUGCCUGCCCCACUUUUGUACAAGAUGUUCAAAGCUAAAACAGAAUAUCCCUUACACACUGCUAUAAGGACAGAGAGAGAAGAUGUGGUCUUCUUGUAUCUCAUAGAGUACGACUCUCAGGUAAUGGUCUGAUAACUUUAGCAUCUUAAUUUACUGGAUAGACUAGCUUGUGAUUAUAACCUUCUAAAUUGAUCAGGCCUACCAUAUCCUGUCGACUAGACAUCAGCUAAGUUUGUUUGUGUCUGUAUUUUUGCUGUUGAAGUCUUCUUAGCCGAAGCGUCCACUGAUUAUAAACAUUUUAAUUAGUGGACAGAAUAGCACCUGCUUAUAAGCAUUUAAAUUUAGCUUAACUCUCAAAAGACUAGAUUUUUCCAGUUUUUAAUGACCUUGAAUACAUCUUAUUCUUUAAUGCGUCUCAUGGCUGUAAUUUUGUAGCUACCUACAAGUAUUAUAUAUCAUUUUAAAGGUAAUUGGAUGCUCUUUAAUUGAUUUUGGUGUUUUUUCAAAAUAUCCUUGCUAAAUUUGAUUUAUGACUAUUUUUGGGCAAAGAAAAUAUUUGUUUAAGUCGACAAAAAACUAACAUCACAGUUUUACAAAGAAGGAACAAAAAAGUGUUUCCAAUUAUAUCAAUAACAUUGAUAUUUUAUUAGAAUGUGUUCAAUACUACAAAACAUAUUUAAAUUUCAAAAGAAUAGACUCAUAAAUAAAAAAGUUAUGACAAUUUGUAGGCAACAUAUCAUUGAAUGAAAUAUUGCUUGAAAAAAUAAAAAUUAUUUUAAAAAAAAAAUAAUAAUUUUUUUUUCAAAGGAAAUAUAUACUGCAUCAAAUUAUCCCUUAGAGGAUUAUUAGUAAGUAUUAUUUUAGAAGGAAAGUUAAGAAAAAAAAGAUCAUUUUAAUAAAUAAACAUUUUUUAAGCAUCCCCGAAAUACCAAUCAAAUGAUGUAAUCCUUCGCCAAGACCAUGCCUAUAAAAUUCUUGAAAAAAAUUUCUUUAUUUAUUAAAACAUAUAAAUGUAUCAAAAACAAAGCUUGUGACAUAUGCUCUGUUAUGGUAACACAAUUAAAUUUGUUGUUAUUGUCAAGUCGCUGCGCACGAUGUAAAGAUUUUGGGCUUUACAGUAACGGGUUCAUCAUCAAAGAUGUCAUUUGUUCCCUAAAUUGUUCAACAAUUGCUACAUUUUCUUGAUGCAGGUACAGUUCUUUGUAUUUUGCAUUGAGAUACAUAAGGGUCUCCCAAUUUUGCACAGCAUGUUUCCUUUUUUUUCAGUAUCAGAAACUUUUAGGAAACUCAAUAUAGCCUUGAAUAUGUCGUUAGUCUUAAUGGUCUUGCUCAAUGUCCAUCAUAAAAGGAUUUCCUGGACAUUUCUUUUAAAAUUAAGACCUUGAUAAGUCCUGCAUUCAUAAUAAACCCACUUAGUAGAUAAAACUCCCCUUCAAUGAUGUUAUAAAGGUACCAAUUUUUUGAAAACACAAAAUUUCUUCGGCCCAUUGUCCUGCGCACCAACCAAUUCUGUAGUAAAUAGGACUUUGAAAAUGUCUAUUUGCUUUUGAAAUCUCCUUAUAUCCUCCCUUUUUUUAACAUCAGGAAGCAAUAAUGGUUUGUACCUAUGGUCUAAAUGCAGCAAAGGGUCCCACAGUCAUUGUCAUCAUCCCAAUGUAUUGACUGUGAUUGACAUCUGCCCUUCAUAGAUGCUGUCAAAAUAUUAUUUUAAAAAAAUUAUUGCUUUAGCUAAAAUAAAAAAUGUACAAUAUAAUAAAAAGAUUUCAAAAUAUAAAACAAUCUGUCUAAAUUACUUUUACUUCAAUUUUUCAUUGAAAAGGGAACACAGCUGAUUGUUACAGUGUAAUAGCCUUGGCCUUGUACGGCAUUGUUUACAUUUUGCUAACUGAAACAUAAUAUCAAAAUAAUUUUAUAACUACAAAUCAAUUUAAACAAGUACCCAAAUAAAUAAUGUAAUCUAUUUAAGAAUUGUAUACUACUGGCACGUGACAUAAACUAAUUUUAGGGCUAAUAAUAGUGCUAAGACAGUUUCAUGGUAUGCGUGAGUUGAAUAUGAAUGAAAAAAGUAAACAAACCUUGUAUACUAUUAUUAUGAUGAUAAUUUACAGAAUUCUCUGUAUCAGACACAUCUGAAGUGCUAUCAUCAUCAAAAAUAUUCCUCUACGGAAGAAUAAUUGUCCAUUUCAAGCUUAUAAUCAGAAUUAGACUCCGUAGCAAUGCUUUAGUGUGUAGUAACAGUGAACCGGUCUUGUGGCAACACUUGUGUAAAUGGCGAAAAAUAAUAUUUAUGAAUCGACAAGUUGGUACCAGAUUUCUUCAAGAACUGUAGUAAAAAUAAUUUUUCUUUAUUUCCAAAUAGAAAUUUAACAUGCCAAAAUAGUAAAUCUUUAUUUUCGCCUUUUAAUAUUAUUUUUAUAUAUAUUUUAGGGGUCGUUUUUUUCACCCGCCAGAUAUGACCGAUUUUUCAAUCUCUCGUCUUUUGAGAGUUAACCAGCGCUAACUUUGUCAGAAUAGAGUCUUAUGUUGUUUGUUCAGUGGUCAUUGAAAGUCAAUGUUCAAAUGUUUGUUCAGCUGUCCGUGAAAGUCAAUGAAGUGGACAACAAAGGAGAUCUUGCCCUUGACCUUGCCCUGAGGACACAACAGCCUAGCAUAGCCCAGACGUUAGUGUCCAACAAAGCAGAUGUAAAUAGGAAAGAUAACUCUGGGAAGUGUUUGCUUUACAAAAGUAUACAGCGAGGUGAGUUGAUUGAGAUAUGCUCAUGUCAUAUAGUUGAGAUCUUUGAUUGAGAUAUGCUCAUGUCAUUUAGUAGAGUUCUUUGAUUAAUUUUACUUGUAUACUUGUAUGUCAUUAAGUUAAGGUCUUUGAUAUAGAUCCUUUCAUGUCAUGCAGUAUGGGAAUAUUUACUUGCAAGUAGAGAAAAUUAAGGUGAAAAGUGAUAGAGCAAAUUAAGGUUUCAGUGUAAUCUAAUCCGCUUUAAUACAUUUUAAAAACAAACUAUAAUAAAUUAGGAGAUGAAAGUGCUGCAGAAUUCCUAAUUGUUAAUGGCUGUGAUACCAACUUGGCAACUCACUUGGAUAAGGAAACACCCUUGCAUAUGGUGGCCAGAUUUGAUCCAAAGGUAAACAUUUGCUGAUCUCAUACUUAAAUUUUUCUUUAUUUCUAUGACUUUGAACUGACCCAUAUAAUUUGAUGCUAUCCUUUGAACCAUUGUAAUUUUAUUUUUUUUAAAUUUAAAAAAAAUUGAUUUCUUAAAAUAUUUUAUGAUAUUUCAGAUAAUAACUCCAGCUGUCAUCAAAGGAAUGGCAAACAUUGCCAGAAUUUUGGUGGAACACAAGGCUAAUGUCAAUGCUCAAGAUUCAACUGGCAGGUGAGUUAAAGAAAUUAGUUUUCCAGGUUGGCUCAAAAAGACAUAUCAGUAUCUACUAAUUUUAAGAUUCUUGUUGUCUUUUAGCGAAAGCAAAUGUGUCCUAUAUUUUAAAUAAUUUGAUAACAAAGAAUCUUUUAUGUGGGGAAUGGUUAGUGGACUCAGGUAACAUAAGAUUUUGAUUCAUUACAAAAUCAGUUGGUAUAAUUAUUAUUGUAUCAAUAACUAUAAUUCUUUAUGUAUGAAAGAAAGUAUUGUGUAAUGGUGAGCUCAAUAGCUAACAAAAUAAGAUUCCUGAUUACUGGGCUAAAUUAAAUGAGAUUCUUAAAAAUAUAGCUAGUGCAUUUGGUGAAUAAUGUGUUCUUCUAUUUUAGAACAUUAGAGUUACGGGUGUGAAAAAAGUGUUAGGUGGUGUACGGGGGAGCACUAAUUGGGAUUCUUAUAGAGAGCGUUUCUUGAAUGCAUGUUUUGGCAAGUAACUUUAGUAGAAGGGAAGUUCACACAUUCUGAUCACCAUUGAUUUUCGGGUUAUAACUAGUUAUUAUAUGUAAUCUAAUUUGGCUAAUUCCUAUUGAACCAAUCAUGACAGCACGCCCCUGCACAAUGCAAUCAUCAGCAAGAAUGAGGCAGUAUUCCAUGUGCUGCUAGCCUGUGGCAAAGUCAACAUGGAGAUCAAGAACUCUGAUGGUCACACUGUGCUAUGGCUGGCACUGCAACAACAGGUGAAACAUUCGACAGGUGACACAACUGACACCAUUCGACUGAGUCAAUCAAACCCUUCACAGGGAAUCUAUGUUAAUAUUAAUAAUGUGUUAAAACUGCUUAUUUUGGUCAGCAAACUAACAUACUUAGUUAACAAAGAACUGGGAAAUUGCUGAUUUUCCUUCUUUUUUUUGUUAACUGUUUCUAAUCAAGUUAUUUUAAUCUUUCCCUACACAUUUUGUCUUCAGUAAUGUUAUGUUAUUUAUUUAAAUAACUGAAAAAAAUUUGUGUGAUAUUUGACAAAGGAAAGGUAAUUCAUAUUCUUAUUUCAAUGACACAGCUGCCAAUUUAAUGUUGUCUAAAAUUGGACUGUGCAUGUCAGGUUAUUAUUAUUGAUAAAUGUUGAAUAAAAUAACUAUUUUAGAAAAUUUUAGAAAAUAUCAGGUAUUAGUGGGUCUCAAGUUUAAAAGAUGUGUUUUUUUUUCUUCAUAACUUCUAGGCAGAGAAUUCAUCAGACAACAGUCUUGUUUACAGUGAAAACAGCCUUGCAUCACAACUCAUCAAAGCUGGAGCAUCCCCCGAUGCCGUGGAGCCAGAGUCUGGGAACAGUUUGCUUCAUCUGGCAGCUCAGCAUGAUUACCAGGCGGCAGGAAUCUUCCUGACCAAACAUGGAGCUUCAGUUGGUCAACCAAACUUGAAGGUGAGGAAAGGGAUUGGUGUUGUCAAAUAAUAUAUUAAAAAAAUUUUACAAUGGAUACAUAUUGAACAAGUUGAUUUUUAAAUCAUCAUAAAUGGCUAUAUAAAAAUGUUUCAGUAUCUGUUUUAUCAUUGUUUAAACAUGUCAUUACAAUGAUGGCUGCAUAGGGGGCGGGCAGCAAAUUGUAAAACUAUCCUUACAUAUGUUUAUAGGCCUUAUAAAAUGCCUAAAUCUUAUAACAUUUAUUGAUGAAACAAUGUGGGGGGGGGGGGCGCGUUACUUUCAGGCUUCACCCCAGUUCCAAUUUUUCCUUAGCACCGUCCUGAUUACAAUUAACAUGAGCGUUGAAAAAAAUUUUAUGCUAGGUUUUUAGAGAGCUGUAAUUUGGCAGCAUAUGCUGCCCCCCUUAUUUUAAUCACUGAAGUUAACAUAUUUAGGAAUACUAGAUGUUAAAAUUUUGAAUUGAACCAAGAAUUAACAUGGCUUCCAUUGUAAGAAAGAUCCAGAGUACAUUUUUGUUGUCAUUCCACUGAAAGUUUAGUGGCAUUUUGUUAGGACAGAAUGGUUUCCAUCCGACAGGGUGAGACUCCUCUCCAUAUCGCAUGUGAGGAGGGCUUGACCGAUCUGGUGAGAGAGUUACUUGAGCAUGGUUCAAACCCCAACGCUCAGACUGUCCGCACGCCCACAUCUGCAAUGCUUGGAUAUGAACAUCCGACAUCGGAGGUAUCCCAGCAGACACCACUUCAUCUUGCCCUCGUCAAGGGACAUCACUCAGUUGUUCAGGUCUUCUUAGAUUAUAAAGGUAACCCCAAAAAUUAAACAAAAAUACAAGUCCAUGAAUCCAUUCUCUUUAUGAUUGUACACAACGAAAUGUGGGACAGAUACUUUUGACAUCCUAUCUUAAUGACACAUAAUAUUGGAUUUCAUUGGUUGACAUCCAUCCAUCUUCAUGACACAUGGUGUAGCUUCUGUUUUUUGUGUAUUAUGUUAAUGUCAUAACUUUGUAAUAACAAGAUAAGAUGAGGGAAUAAAAGAUUCCACUGGGAAUAGAACAUGGUUCACCAUCACAGGUGAGAUGUCUGUCUGCUUCACCAUCACAGGUGAGAUGUCUGUCUGCUUCACCACCACAGGUGAGAUGUCUGUCUGCUUCACCAUGACUUUACAAAAUUACACAGCAACCUUUUUCUAAGACACUUGUGCUGACUGAGAGGAAAUUGAUUUUAAAAUAUUAAAUUGAAUGUGAUUAAAUACUCAAUGUCUAUGCACCAUCACUAUUUGGUCUAUUCAAUACAACAUCACUAUUUGGUCCAUUCAGUAAAACAUCACUAUUUGGUCCAUUCAUUACAUAACUAUUUGGUCUAUUGAAUGCAACAUCACUAUUUGGUCUAUUCAUUACAUCACUAUUUGGUCUAUUGAAUGCAACAUCACUAUUUGGUCUAUUCAUUACAUCACUAUUUGGUUUAUUGAAUGCAACAUCACUAUUUGGUCCAUUCAAUACAACAUCACUAUUUGGUCCAUUCAUUACAACAUCACUAUUUGAUCUAUUGAAUGCAAAAUUACUAUUUAGUCUAUGGAUACAACAUCACUAUUCCAUCUAUUGUAUACAACAUCACUAUUUGGUCUAUUGAAUGCAACAUCUCUAUUCGGUCUAUUGAAUACAACAUUACUAUUUGGUCUAUUUACUAUAACAUAUUAUUUGGUCUAUUGUACAUAUCAUCACUAGUUGGUAUAUUGAAUACAAUAUUACUGUUUGGUCUUUUCACUACAAUAUAUUAUUUUGUCUAUUGUAUACAACAUCACUAUCUGGUCUGCUGAAUGCAACAUCUCUAUUUGGUCUAUAUAGUACAACAUUACUAUUUGGUCUAUUUACUUCAACAUAUUAUUUGGUCGAUGCAUACAUCAUCACUAUAUGAUCUAUUGAAUGCAACAUCACUAUUUGGUCUAUUGAAUACCACAUCACUAGUUUAUUUAUUGUAUACAACAUUAUUAUUUGGACUAUUCAAUACAACAUCAUCAUUUGGUCUAUUGAAUACAACAUCACUAUAUGGUCCAUUCAGUACAACAUCACUCUUUGGUCCAUUCAGUACAACAUCAAUCACUAUUUGAUCUUUUCAAUAUAAAAUCACUAUUUGGUCUAUUAUAUACAUCAUCACUAUUUGGUCUAUUGAAUACAUCAUCCAUCCAUCCAUCCCUGUGGCGCUACAGCCCAUGUAGGGCUUUGGCCUGCCUCACCACUUCCUUCCACUCAGACCUAACUAAUGCCUUUCUUUUCCAUGCUUGAACUUUCAACUGCUGUAGAUCUUUUUCCACAUCAUCUAUCCACCUAAGCCUAGGUCUGCCUUUGAGCCUUUUUCCUCUGGGGUAUUGGUGAUGCACCCUCUUCGUUCCUCUGUCAUUUGGCAUUCUCUCUAGGUGUCCUGCCCAGCGUAGCCUGCCUCUUUUUAUUUCUGCUACUAUUUUGGGAUCCUGAUAUAGACUGGUUGGUUCAUGGUUCAUAAUUCAUGGUUGGUUCGUAUUCUCCAUCCAUAUUCAUCCUUUGUUGGCCCAUAUAUUUUCCUGAGAACUUUCCUCUCCCAUGUGUUUAAUAGGUUUUCUGUUGUUUUUGUUAGGGUCCAAGUUUCACUUGCAUUACAGUUUUAUAAAUAGUUUUCUUUGUUUCUCUUGUAAUGUUUUUACUUUUGAGUAUUUUCUGGCUACUGAAGUAUGCCCUGUUUUCGGCUGAUAUUAUUUCUUUUAUUUCUUUUAGUAAUUCGUUUCUUUCAUUUAACAAGGAGCCUAGGUAUUUGAAUUGAUUUACUUUUUCAAAAGUGUGGUUUCUAAGUUUAAUUGCUUCAUCUGUUUGUUCUUCUCUUAUCAUGGUCAUGUAUUUUGUUUUUUGGUUGUUAACUUCCAGCCCUGCUUGUAAUGAUGCGUCUUCUAAUUCAAUAAAGGAUUUUGAUAUGUCUUUAAUACAUUUCCCUAGAAGUGCUAUGUCAUCAGCUUAUGCAAGAUACUGAAGUGGUUGGUUGUAGAGUGUGCCCGUUGUUUGUGGGUCUUGAGUUUCCCUCAGAAAGUAUCCUGUUAUCGUUCCUCGAGUGUCAAUGUGUAUGUUUCUAAUAACUCUUUCUAAUGUUAGGUUGAAUAGCAUACAAGACAGUGAGUCUCCCUGUCUUAGGCCUCGUCUAAUAUGAAAUUCCCUUGAAUAUUCUCCUUGAAUCUUGAUUUUGCUUUUUGAGUUGUUUAGUGUUACAUGUAUUAGUCUUGUCAGUUUGUUGGGUAUCCCAAACUCCUGCAGAGUCUCAUAUAGAUAGUUUCUUUUGAUGCUGUCAUAGGCCAUUUUAUAGUCCAUAUAGAGUUGAUGUACCUGUAUAUUAUAUUCAUAGCAUUUCUCUAAUAGGCCUCUGAUGGUGAAAAUCUGAACAGUCGUUGAUUUGUUAGGCCUGAAUCCACAUUGGCAAUAACCUAGUAUUUCUUCAGUGUAAGGUUGUAGUCUUUUGGCAAUAAGCUUCGUCAGUAUUUUGUAUGUAACAUUUAUUAGGGAGAUUCCUCUUUAGUUUGUGCACUGAAGUUUGGAGCCUUUCUUGUGUAUUGGGGUUAUUAAUGCUGUUUGCCACUCUGUCGGGAUUUUCUCUUCUUGCCAAAUUUUAGUUCUAAGUUUAUGUAUCUGAUUGUGUUGUUCUUUUCCUCCAUAUUUAAUCAGUUCAGCUGUGAUAAGGUCUUGUCCGGGGGCUUUGUGAUUUUUCAUAUGAUUAAUUACCUCUUUGGUUUCUUCUAGAGUUGGGCAUUGUAUAAACGGGUCUGGUCCUCCCUUUGGGAGUUGAUAAUCUUCUUCUUGUCUAUUGUCUGCAUUCAGUAUGUCCUCAAAAUAUUCAGCCCAUCUCUCCAGUACUUUACUAUUUUAUGUGAUAAAUUCUCCAUUGUGGCUCUCACACAUUUGCGGUCUGGCUUGGUAUCCAUUCUUUUCAUCUUUUAUCUUCAUGUACAUUCCUCUUAUAUUUCCCUCUCUUGAUAAAUCUUCUAUUUCCUUUAGUUUAUCUUUUUCCCAUUCCCUCUUUUUCUUCCUACACAUUUGGUUGCUUUCCAUCUGGCUUCCUUGUAUGUUUGUGUUGUCUUUCUGGUUUCCCUUUGUAACAUGAUCAUCAGUGCUUUGUUUCUUUUUUCCACAGUCUCUCUGCAUUCAUUGUUGAACCAGCCUACGCUGUUGUUGGCUUGCUGAAAUCCCAUUACUUUUUCUGCUGAUCUUUUAAUAGUAUUUUUUAUCUUAUCGCACUGAUCAUUUAUGUUGUUUUCCCCAUUUACUUCCUCGUGCGAUGCUUCUAAUUGUGCUUCUACUUCAUUCUGGUAAGCUUUUGGAGUUAAUGGGUCUUUGGGCAGCUUUUGGUAAUCGUUUGUCUCUUUGAUUACGACCAUUGUGAAUUAAGCUUAUUCUCUGCUUAUAUUUCACCCUUACAAGUAGAUGGUCCGAGUCCGCAUCUGCUCCUCUAAGACUUCUCACAACUAAUAUAUCUGAUCCAUGUCUCCGAUCUAUUAAAAUAUGAUUAAUUUGAUUGUGGGUGAUUCCAUCUGGUGAGUUCCACGUAGCUUUAUGUAUAUUUUUGUGCGGAAACUUGGUGCUGAUAACUGACAUCCCUUUUCCUACGGCAAAGUCUAUGAGUCGGAUCCCAUUGUCAUUGGAUUCUUCAUGCAGACUUCCCUUGCCAAUGGUUGGCAUUAAAACCUUUUCUUUUCCUAUUUUGGCAUUGAAGUCUCCAAUCACUAUUUUAAUAUCAUGUCGUGGUGUAGAUCUUUUCCAGUGUCUCAUAAAAGGAUUCUUUAUCCUGAUCUUCCAUGUCUUCGGUUGGAGCAUGUACAUUUAUGAAUGUUAUAUUAAACAUUUUUAAUCGCACACGCAAAGAACACAAUCUUUCGUUUUCUGGUUUGAAGCCUAUGACUGCACGGACUGCUUAUUUUUUCAUGGCAAAUCGAUAGUAGUUACUAUCCUAGUGUCUCAUUUGUAUUUACUUAGUUUACUUGUUUUAAUAAUUGUAAAGCGCUUAGAGCUUUAUGAUAAGCGCUAUAUAAAAAUGCCUAAAUAAAUAAAUAAAUAAAUCCUGUUCCUAGUGUUGGUUUUGUUACCACUAUAAAAUAUGGUGUAUUCUUUUGUCUUGAGGAUGUCUGAAUUUUUCCAUCGAAUUUCUUGCAAUGCAGCAAUAGAUAUUUUAUAUUUGACCCGCUGAUUAACAAGGUUGGCUAAGGCUCCUGCUCUAAACAGGCUUGGUACAUUCCAAGUCGCAAUCCAAAAAUCAUGUCCAUAUGAAUGCAUAGGUCGAUUUCCAUUGGUAUCAGUCCAGGUUUUAUUCUGUUGCUUUCGUUUUUUUUACAUGGCCGGGUUAUUAACCCUGUGCACAACCGUCUGGGGGGUUGCCCCUUACAGCUCUCUGGAUAGCUGCCUUAGUUUUUGGGUAAGGUUCCCUAGCCUUUGUUGAUCCUUCCACUUCCUACAAGGCAGUAGGUUAUGAUUUUGGUCCGCCCCAAGUAUUUUAUUUCCACGGUACCCAUUAUCUGGUGGACUUUCCCCUAUCCGCCACCUGGGGAGGCGCUCGAUGGAAGAUCAGUAUCUCCGCCGGAGGAAUACAACAUCACUAUUUGAUAUAUUGAAUGCAACAUCACUAUUUGGUCUAUUGGAUACAUCAUCACUAUUUGGACUAUUUACUACAACAUAUUAUUUGGUCUAUGCAUACAUCAUCACUAUAUGGUCUAUUGAAUGCAACAUCCCUAUUUGGUCUAUUGAGUACAUCAUUAUUAUUUGGUUUAUUUACUACAACUUAUUAUUUGAUCUAUUGUAUGUCAUCACUAUUUGGUCUAUUUACUACAACAUAUUAUUUGGUCUAUUGUAUCAUCAUCAAUAAUGGUCUAUUGAAUGCAACAUCUCUAUUUGGUCUUUUUAAUACAACAUUAAUAUUUGGUCUAUUUACUAUAACAUAUUAUUUGGUAUGUUGUAUAGAUCAUCACUAAUUGGUCUAUUGAAUGCAACAUCUUUAUUUGGUCUAUUUAAUACAACAUUACUAUUUGGUCUGUUUACUACAACAUAUUAUUUGGUCUAUUAUAAACAUCAUCACUAUUUGAUCUAUUGUAUACAACAUUACUAUUUGGUCUAUUUAAUACAUUACUAUUUGGUCUAUUCACUACAACAUAUUAUUUGGUCUGAUGUAUACAACAUCACUAAUUGGUUUAUUGAACCCAAUAUCACUAUUUGGUCUAUUCUUUUGCAGUGGAACUGUCCAAGUCUGGAGCAGCUAACUCUAGAAUUUUACCCAAUUUCAAUGUCAAGGACAGCUUGGGUCAGACUGUCCUUGGUCUGGCCUUGUGGAACAAUAUGCACGACAUGGCUGACAAACUGCUGAUCUGUGGAGCUAAUAUCAAUGAGAAAAAUUCAGCUGGGAUGACCUUACUACAUCAGGUAUUUCACUAGAUAUCAUAAACACACACAUAUUUAAACUAUGUGUAUACAAAACAUGGAUAUGAUGUGUAUAAAAAACGUAGAUUAGAUACUUAAAAGACAUGAGUUAGAUGUCUACAAAAUAUGGGUUUGAUGUGUACACAAUAUGGGUAAGAUAUACAAAACAUGGGUAUGAUGUGUAAAAAAAACAUGGAUUAGAUAUGCACAAGACAUGGGUUAGAAGUGUACAGAACAUGGGUUACGUGUGUAAAAAAACUUGUUAAAUGUCAAAACAUCACUUUUAAGCCAUAGACAUAGGCAAGAUACUGAAGGGCUUGGUUAUAGAGAGUGCCUAUUGGUUGUGGAGAGUGCCUAUUGGUUGUGGGUUUUGAGGUUCCUCAGAAAGUAUCCUAUGAUGUCAAUAUGUAUUCUUUUUAAAAAACUCUCUAAUGCUAUGUUAAAAAACAUACAAGACAUUGAGUCUCCUUUUCAUAUGUUUUUCUAUCUGAAAUUCCCUUGAAUAUUCACCCAGAACUUUGAUUUUGCUUUUUGAAUUAUUUAUUUUUAAUGUUACAUGUUACUAGAGUCAGAUGAAUUUUGGAUUUGUCGCCGAAAGUUGCCAUUUGAUCAUUUUUGAUGUAGUUUUGGACAAAAUGGAAAAGUUAACUUUCAGUUCAUUUCCCUUUUUGGGCAAAAGUAUUUGAGGCUUUCUGUCAUCUACCAGAAGUCAGACUGUCACCCUGUCUGUCGGUCGACAAUCCGAUAUUCAUUAUUGCUCAAUGUCUUGCUGUCAUCUUAUGAUAUAUGACUAAUCUUCUGCAAAGACUGCUCACAGCUGCAUGAUGACCUACUUGACCAAUAUUUCAAAAAUGAAAUUUCUAAUACUGAUAAGUUAAAUGUUUUGUGAAAAAAAACUAAGGCAGUGGUAAUAUUUAUAUUAUUAUUUUUGUUUUAAUUUUUCAAAACAAAAUUUGGAAAACCUAGGUUUAUUCAAUCCAUUCAUUUAUGAUAUUCAUGUUGAUUUAUCAUUAUCAUGCUCAUAAAUGUUUUCAUUGGCAAAGGUGAAUAGCAUUGUGAAAAAAAAUCAUAGUGAAUGAUAGGAUUUCUAUUAUUAUUUUUGUUUUGAAUAUGCAUGUGACAAAGUUUUGUGACAUAAUUAGGCCUAUUUCAUUGGUCUGAACCGCAUCGAUUGUGGAAACGGAGAAAACAAGGGAUGUUUAAUUUAAAAAAAAAUAAGAUGCAUUUCAAACUGUUCUGCACGGAAAUAUUUUAUUUCUAGUUAGCUGCAUUUGAAAUCUAUUUUUAGAACUUUCAAAGCAACUCUAUCCCCUUAACGAUCUUUACCCUGUAUGAUUUUAAUACUAAAACAGUUUGGUAUCGCCAUACUACUCUCUCACCCCCCACCUCCCUUUUCCCACUAUUUACAGCUUGUGGUAGUUAUUCGCACAAUUUAUAUAUAUAUAUAUAAUUUUUUUGUGGACAGUAUAUGCCAUUUUGGUGUAUUUGCCCCCAUUUAGGAAUGAUUAAAAGAAAUCAAAAUAAGUAAUAAGUUAUGAAACAAUUUUUCUAUUCACUAACUACUAAAAUAAAAAGGAUUUAUGUAAAAAAUGUUGGGUAAGGGGAACCUAAUUUUUCAGAAGCAUUACGAUUUAGUCUAGAAUGAUGCAAAACAAUAUUCAGGCAUACACAAAAGUGCAUCCCUUUGUUUUGAAUUUAUAAAAAAAAUUCUGGAAAGUGGGCUCAGCCUCCUCCUCAAACCCCACCCCCACCUCCAUUUUCUCCAGGUGACUUGGGGGGGGGGGGAGGCAUCAUCAAUUUUCCCUGCCCCAUCACUUCUUUGUCUUUCAAAUUUGCAAAAGAAGGUCACCUUUCAUUUGCAAUAAAGCACUGUAUACAUGUAUUAAAAAUGUCAUUUAUCUACUUUGAGAAGUGACCUUUAUUAGACAUGCAAGGCGAAUAGUUAUUAACAUUAUGCUGUAUGUUUAUUUAUUUAAUAUUAUUAUAAAGCAUUGUACGAUUUUGAGAUAGCAAAGUACUAUUCUGAAACUAUUUUGUACUCUUUUGGGAUUUCCAGUGUAACCAGGUGUUUUACUGUAUUUUCAUAAUAAACGUAGCUCAACAUUUGUUCAAAUGUUGUUUAAUUGUGGGUCAAAUAUAUAAUUAGCCGAUAAAUGAUAAGUGCGGAUAAACAAAAAACUUAAAUGUAGAGACCAAUAAGAAAUCGUGUUCAACAAAAAUAUAAUGGUUUAGUUCAGGGGUCAUCAAACUACGGCCAGUUCAUCCGCAGAUGGUACUUGAACUUGCUUGAUAAAACGUAUGGAACACGAGAUACAAUUUAAAUUUCAAUAUUAUGUUUAGAAUACUAGAAGAUCUUCACGAGUGCGGAGACCUCCUGGCUGCUUUGCACCUUAAUUUAUCAUUUUCAAUUUUAAAAUUAUUGUAUCUAGAUUUUCUUGUUUAUUACAAACCUAUUUAUCUUCGAACUCCUAAAAUUGUACAAUAUCAUCUCAAAAAGGUACAAUGUUGUAUCUUAAUAGUAAAUAAAUAAACAUACAUUAUGUAUAAUGAAUACAAUAACUCCUCGCAUCGCAGUGCCUAGUAGGAUCGAGUUAAGUUUGCACCAAAAAAAGUUAACUACUAAAAGUAGAUGACUGACAUUUAAAAUGCAAUCUGCUGUCACUUAGUUUUUGCAGACGUGUAUUUGCUAUUGAUAUUAAUUUAUACUGAGUGGACGUACAAAUCACAUCACAGUCUUUCACUGGUAAGAAUAAAGUUACUGGUGAAAUUUAACUUGGUUCAAACUCGAACUCAGAUCAAAAUAAAGCGAAAUGUAUUUAAAUAAGAAUUAAUGAACAAAUGAUGACAUCAUUUAUAAAACCUACCAAGUAACCCGAGGUUGUUGUUUUUUGGAGAAGCUGGUUUAAAAAAAAGUAUAAAAUAAGAAUCAAUUUCCAUUAAGCAUAUUUCUGCUAAUAUAUUAGUCUGAUAACUACCACAAACUGGGUAGUAAAUUGGUGAAAGAAAGAGGAGUGUUGGAAACAAACAGGGACGUUAAAAAUCAUAGUUGCUGCAGUUGGAACUAAUAACCCUUCGGUAAGUUCAGUUGUGCGGAGAACAAAAGAAUUUGGAGAGAUAUGUGAGAAAGCUAGGAACUUGAUGUGGUACUCUCUGGCACUAGAUGAGUCUACUGAUCUCUCAAAAAUUCUCGUGUUUAUUUUGUAGUGUCAAUUUGGACUUUCACAUAACAAAAGAGUUGUCAUCAGUUUGCAGCAUGCAUGGAGCAAUUUAUGUCUGUGAGCAAGUACUUUCAAAAAUAAAGUAUGUAACGGCAACACAUUCAACGAGAGGGAUUGAUGAACUUUUGAAAACAGUUCGUUUGAUUGGAUGCAGCAAUUCCAAACCAAACAUUGAUGAUAUCUUGAAAGCCAAAUGUCAGUUUCACAAACCUCACUAACCUUAUUUGCUGCUUAGUUUGCGAGAUUCGAAUAUGUGCGCACUAGGUCUGAUGUCAUUAUCUUUUUGCUAGCAUCGCCUUCUUAGCUAAUUUUUUAGCAAAUAAAUAUGUUGGUUGUCUUAGCUUUUUUGCAUUGCACGCCACUCACCCGUGAUUAAAACGGAAUAUUAAACUUAUUUUUUCGUCUUUUUUCCCAGAGCUUUCAUUCUGCCUUGCAAGUAUUGCGCAGAAUAAUUAUCUGACACGCGAUCGUCAUUUUUUGUCAUUAUCUGGCCCGCCAUUAAAAAAGUUUGGUGACCCCUGGUUUAGUGGAAGAAAGAGUUCCCUCAAGCUUAUGUGUGGACAUUUUAGUGGGUCAUUGUAAUUAUAAUAUAAUAAAAGCAGAGGGUGCCCAAGGGUCUAAUUUGCAUGAAUUGCCUCCCCCCAACCCCCAUCAAAAUUUUCUCUUAUCAUACUACUUUAAUUAAUACAUUUUUAACAACUUGAAAUUACUUUUUAAUUCAAAUGGUAACAGCAAAAGUAUUCAUUAGAUUUUUAUCUAUUAAAAUUCACGAUAAUCUAAUUUUUAAAAAAAUAAUAUAAAUAUUGAGUUUUUCUUCCAUCCUUUUUUGAUGUACACGGAACGUAUGUAUGAAUAUGUUUCGAAAUAUAAAAAAAUGUUGGUUUCAGUUUCAGCCGGAAGUCUUGCAAAGCUUUUGGCUUUUGUUUCUGCUGAAAGUCAUUUUUAACUUAAGGUCAGGUUUCGCUGAAAUCAGAAAAUCGCAUUCGUUGGGUCUCUAAAUUUAACAUUAAAAAAACUCUUUUAAGUUUGUUGUGUAUGCCAAACUGUUUCCAUUGGUAGUCACCUAGUAUUUGUUCAAAUUGGUAGUCACCUAGUAUUUGUUUAAAUUGGUAGUCACCUAGUAUUUUUUCACAUUGAUAGUCACUUAGUAUUUGUUCAAAUUGGUAGUCACCUAGUAUUUUUCACAUUGGUAGUCACUUAGUAUUUGUUCACAUUGGUAGUCCCAUAGUAUUCAUUCAAGUUGGUAGUCACCUAGUAUUUGUUGCCAUUGGUAGUCACCUAGUAUUUGUUCCCAUUGGUAGUCACAUAGUAUUUGCUCACAUUGGUAGUCUCCUAGUAUUUGUUCAAAUUGGUAUUCACAAAUUACGUGUUCACAUUGGUAGUCACCUAGUAUUUGUUCCCAUUGGUAGUCACCUAGUAUUAGAUUGGUGUAGGUUGAAGUCUCUUGGCAAUUAGUUUUAUCAUUAUUUUGUAUUCUACAUUUAAUUGGGGAAUUCCUCUGAUGUUUGGGCCUUUUUGCAAUCUUUUUUUGUGUGUCUUAGGGUUAGUAGUGCUAUUUUCCAAUCAGCUGGAAUGCUCACUUCUUACCAGAUUUUUGUUAUAAGUUUAUGUGUCUGAUUAUUUAUAGCAGUGUUUUUCUUUACAGUGGGUGCUUCAGGCCAGAGCAAAUUUUUUGCCUCUUAACACUCAAUUAAAAAAAAAAUACAAAAUUAAAAACUCUUCAUGACAUUUUAUAAUUUACAUUUUUAUAUACAGCUUGGCUUUAGAUUAUUGAUAAAUAACUUUAGAAUCGGUGGUUCAAAAUAUUCCCUUUACAAAACACUUUCCUUUUGUAGCUACUGUCUCUUCUUGUUGUCCACGUUCUUCUGAUUGUUGUCUACUUUCUGCUGAUUGUUGUCUACUUUCUUCUGAUUUUUGUCUACUUUCAGGCCAUAGAGAAACAAGAUGCCGUCAGUGCCUUGUUUUUGAUGGAUCAUCUCGCUGACCUCGAGGCAAUGUGGGUGAAUACAUUAGUAAAAAAAAAUAAAUUGAGUUAUAAUAGCUGACUUGCUGCUUCAACCCCCACCUCCCUCUUUGUUCAUCAGAUACAAGACAGUAGAUAUAUGACAUUAAAUAAAUUAUUUCUGUUCUGCCAGCUGUUGUUACAGAUUUCUAUGGCUGUUGCUGAUUUAUAUAUCUGUUUCAGGACCCCAGACGAACAAAGUGUGAUCCAGCAUGCCAUUGCCCGUCACUUGCCUGUGGUGGUCGAGGCACUGUGUAAACGAGGAGUCAACAAGGAUGUAACAGACGCUGAGGGUAACUGCCCCUUGUGGCAAGCAUUGGAUUCAGGGCAAGAGGAGAUAGCACAUACACUGGUAGAAAUAUGGUCAAACUUUUGGCCCUUGCACUUCUUUAUUUUGUAUCAAUCUUAUGAUAGAACAGACCAUAAGCUGUCAAAAAAUGAUUGACUAUAAUAUUAUAAUAUGCAAAAUACAGACAAAGCAUUAGCCCUUAGUGAUUCUGUGAUAUGAUUGGGAUCUAACUCAUUCAAUAAAAACCUUCCAAUCUCUACCUGGCACAUACAUUAUCAUCUUUGUUGCCAGGUAAAGCAUGGAUGUGAUGUCAACUUGUGGACACAGAGUCCAGCUGGAUAUUUCCACACAUUGUUACACAGAGCUCUGGAUCAGAACAAUGAGGACAUUGCCUGUUUUCUUAUCAGAAGGUGACCAACUAGCAAUUCAACUCUUUGCUUGGUGAUAGUGGGACGGGCUCUGAGUUUAUUUCAAUGGGUUUUCAUAAAUCUUAACAUUAACUUACACAUAAUCUAAGUAAAUGGUAAGAUUUCUGAAAGCCCAUAAAACCAUAAAUAUGAUUAAUGGGGGAUGCAUCAAUUUAAUGGGUUGAGAGAAAGGAGGUUGCAUCAAUUUAGAUUAAGGGACACCAUAUAGUGAAAAACACUUAGGGGAAACAUUCUUUGAAUGAAAAGAAAUGAAAAAGAAUGAACACAAGUCCCUAACAAAAACAAAGCUCAGGGACCUGUGUACAUUCUUUGUUUAGGUAGGAUAUCUAUCUAUCUGUCUGUCUGUCCGUCCGUCCGUCCGUCUGUCUGUCCCGUCCCGUCUCUGCCCGUCUCCUCUGCCCGUCUCCUCUGCCUGGUCUGCCGGUUCGCCCGCCCGCCCCUCCUCCCUCUUUCUCUUUCAGCUAUAUCUCGGGGGGGGGGGGGAAUAGAUAUUUAGAUACAUAUUAUGUUUGAUCCAGACAUAUAUAUAUUUAAUUUUUACUUAUAUGAAUGUUUUUUGGUUGUACUGAUGAAGGCUUUUGCCAAAACGUUUGCAUUUGUAUUCUGUGUAACCAUUAUUAAAAACUUAACGUAAAUUGUUUUAUAUACCCAAAUUGUUUGUGUCUCAUAUCUACUUGAAAACUUGACUGCAGUCCAGCACUCUUGACUUUAGGCAUUUGGGUUAACUUAAUGGUGGUUUAAUGUAAUCUAUAUAAUGAGCGUCUUGUAAAAAUUAAUAACUUUCUAACACCUGAAAUAACUUCUGCAACAAAUCAUUGAUUCACAAAAUUGUUCUCAAACAGUGGUUGUGAUAAAAAUAGUCCCAGACGGCCAGGUCCUAACGGUGAAGGUGCAGAGGAGGGGAAGUAAGCAUGUUUCAUUUAUUUCAUCUUUCUAGAAAGCGUUAAUAAAAUGGUAUGAUUUUUUUCUUAGAGUCUUCAUGAAUAUUAUAAUUUUAAAUUCACAAAAUAAAGGAAUAUGAAUACAUUUAACUUAUCCACUGAAUAUUUGUGACCAUAAUUUUACUGUACAUUUAUUUCUAGUGAUGGCCAGAGUCCUUUACACAUGGCAUGUGCGUGGGGCUUAGAAAUGGUUGUUCAAUGCUUGAUGGAACAUAAUGCUGAUGUCAAUGCACAGGUUAGCACUGGGGGGAUGUGGGCUGAUGUCAAUGCACAGGUUAGCACUGCCCCCUACACCCGACUACAGUUACGUGUCCAAUCGUGACCCCCCAUGUGGGCUGAUGUCAAUACACAGGUUAGCACUGGGGGGAUGUGGGCUGAUGUCAAUACACAGGUUAGCACUGGGGGGAUGUGGGCUGAUGUCAAUGCACAGGUUAGCACUGGGGGGAUGUGGGUGUCUUGAAGUGGCUGUUGUAACGAGUUGCUCAAAUAUUCCGAUCGAUCCUGCUAUUCUACUGAUUGUCAGGACUUUUUUAAAACAAGUUAAUAAUUCUGCCUUCACAUGAAACUCUUCACUUAUAGCACGUGUUUCUUAUAUCACAUAUGUUUCUUAUAUCACAUAUGUUUCUUAUAUCACAUAUGUUUCUUAUAUCACACAUGUUUAUUCUAACUUAAAGUCCUCAAACAAUAUUCUUGUGUAUUUGUGAUAAUUUAACAGAAUUAUGUUUUGUACUAAGUACAAUAUAAAAGUCAUGGAGAUGAUAAAAUAGCAUCAUGUGUUACCAGCUGCUAGAAUCGAAGGCUUAAAAUCUUUUCCAUUUUUUUCAUAGGAUUUCGAAGGCAAGACUCCUGUUCAUAUCGCCAUUGAAAACCAGUUUCCCGUGGUCAUCUCUCUCUUACUCUCCCACCCCGGCCUUGACCUUACUGUCAGGGAUAAAAAGAACAACACACCUUUUGCUGCUGCUAUGAUGAAGAAAGACAACAAGGCUGCUCAGGCUAUCCUCAGUAGGGAGCCAACCGCAGCUGAACAGGUGAGAGCUAGUAGUGAGCCAACCACAGCUGAACAGGUGAGAGCUAGUAGUCAGCCAACCGCAGCUGAACAGGUGAGAGCUAGUAGUCAGCCAACCACAGCUGAACAGGUGAGAGCUAGUAGUCAGCCAACCGCAGCUGAAUAGGUGAGAGCUAGUAGUGAGCCAACCGCAGCUGAACAGGUGAGAGGUAUUAGUGAGCCAACCGCAGCUGAAAGGUGAGAGCUAGUAGUGAGCCAACCGCAGCUGAACAGGUGAGAGCUAUUAGUCAGCCAAUCGCAGCUGAACAGGUGAGAGCAAAUAGUGAGCCAACCGCAGCUGAACAGGUGAGAGCUAGUUUGGGGGUUGUUGGGGAGCUUUUGUGUGUGUGAGGGUGCCUUCUGUGUGUAUGUGGGUUCUUGUGUGUGUGUGAAGGGGCAAUAUGUGUGUGAGGUGAUGGGGUGUGACCAUUAAUAGGAAAGACAAUAGAGCAAGCCAUUCACAUGCAUUGUCAUUUUAAAUGGAGCAAGCCAUUCACGUGCAUUGUCAUUUUACAUGGAGACUUUUGGGAACAUUAAUUAAUAUUACCAGGCCGUAUACUGAGGGAUCAGGGCAUAUACUGAGGGAUCAGGGCAUAUACUGAGGGAUCAGGGCAUAUCCUGAGAGAUCAGGGCAUAUAUUGUUAGGGAUAUUUGUGCCUGUGGCAUACCAAUCAUUAAAUAUCAUUUAUUCCCAGGUGGAUGCUAGAGGCAAAAAUUUCCUUCAUACAGCCAUCCAGAAGGCGGAUAUUGAAAGUGUAUUAUUUCUACUCAGUGUCAAUGCCAAUGUCAACUCAAGGACACAGGACAGUCAGAACCUGACACCAUUACAUCUUGCUGUCAUCACUGGCUCUGAGAUUAUUGUCAGAAAUUUGGUAAGUUUCACAAACUUGAGUUCAAUACUAUUGUUGGACCAAUCAUUACAGCUGAUCAAUAGCCUACAAAGCUCAUUUCAUAAAUAUUAUGGAAUGGGAAAAGUUGUGUUGUUUCAUUUGAAGCUUAGCUGUCAUUUAGUUUAAACUGUGACCUAUAUAUUGUUUUAUUGCCCCAGUUGCUAGCUGGGGCGUCUGUUGAUGAAAGGACUAAAUACUGUGAGACUGCCUUACACCUUGCUGCAUCUAAAGACUGUAGUGCCAUCUGCUCCAUCCUGUUGGACAAUCGGGCAGACUUUGAUGCAGUUGAUGAAAAUCUCAACAACAGUAAGUUGAGCAGUUAAUGACAGGAUCAUCUUAAACUGUUGUGAGAUACUCAACUUUAGAUAACUUUUUAAGUAGAACUGCAAGGAUAUUUCUGUACUUAUUUGUUUUAUGAAAGUACCUGCAUGAAUAUAUCUUCAUAGCUAUUUCUUUUUAGAUGUACCUUUACAGGUAAUCCUUUUUUAUAAACACCCAUAUAAUUUGUCCUCUUUAAAUGUGUCUCUACUAUAUGUAUGAGUGUACCUGUGUAGUUAUUUCUGCAUGAAUGUACCUUUAUUUGUUUAACCAUAAAUGUACAUGUCUGUUUACCAUACAUGUAGCUUUAUGAGAUUAUUCAAUUCAUAAUUUUUGUUCAUUAGUUAUGUUACUUUACUCUUACAGGCCUUCACAGAGCUGUGGUAAAUGGUAACAUCAACACUGUCAAAGUCUUGUUGACAGAAUCAACCAUCAAUGCUGAAGCGGUCAAUGCCAAGUGAGUCAAUUAUUGUAACAAAUUCUUCCCAUUUUAUGAGGCCUCCCAAAAUUUCUAUAUGAUGAAUGCAAGAAAUUUUUUUUUAAAGUGAGUGUGUUAGUAUUUACCUAGUUCCAUACAAGUAUGUUAGUAUUUAUCUAGUGCCAUAAAGUAUGUUAGUAUUUAUCUAGUCCCAUUAGAGUAUGUUAGUAUUUAUCUAGUCCCAUACGAGUAUGUUAGUAUUUAUCUAGUCCCAUAAGAGCAGUGUUUCUUUCAGAAAUUUUCCCCCAGGGGCACUUCAGAUUUUUUGGGAGGGGGCUAUGCCAGUUGUAAGUGGCCAAAGGCGUAGUUAAGGGGUGGCAGAUGGGACAUGCGUCCCGGAGGGCGCUUUGAUGGAAUUAAUAGGUUGAAAAUAACCAGUUUCAGAGUUGAAUCUUGCCCCCGACGCAAAAAACACUGCUAGUGGCGUCGAAAUGCUGGUGUGGCAUUUUUGGACAACUGCAGAGUUUGAAUCGUGAAAGGGAGGAUGACAAAAAUAUUUGGCCGCUCAUGGCAGCCUUAAUAGUAGCUACGCCACAAGGCAGUGUAUCUAUCGAUACCAAAAUCGGCGAUCAUUUUCAUCAAGAAGUAGGGCAGAAAUUGAUGGCGCUGAUGAAUUUUGAUCGCUGGAGGGUUUUUGGGCAAGAGAAAAUUUUUGAUUAUUUCAAAAUCAAGAGGUGUAUUUUUUUAAUAGUUUUGUGGAAGGUAUUAUUUAGCCCAGUUCCAUAUAUAAACUGAAUUCACUCUGUUUGUGGCAUGCCCCAGGGUAAUCAUUACGGAUAGGCUUAUAAUCAACCCCAUUGAAUAACAUUGAUCAACGUGAUGGAAGGGGUGUAUAAUUAAGGGUGCUAAAGACAGUUGUACAAACUCAAAAUUCAGGGGUGUAUUAUUUUUUGCUCAUGCUUGAAUUUGUUGUUUAUUUCAGACAAUUUUGAGGUGGCAUUUGAAACAUUUGGGUGGGAAAUGGCAAAAUUAGCCAUAAUAAUGACCACAGACAUCUUAAAUUUCGCACCAGCGGGACGUAAACUAUAUUCAAUCUAGUUAUGUCACCCUUGAGGGUUCGAUUUUGCCCUAGAUUAUUCUCGCCCUUUAAAUCAUUAUAGUGCCCAGAAAAGUUUUGAUGAAUUCAAAAUACAAGAAUGCAUUUUUUACAUAUCUGAAUUUACUUUUGCAAUAUUCCACACUUAAUUGGAGAGCAACAAAAGAUAUCCUAGUUAAAAAAAUAUAGGUGCCACUUAACCUUAGAACCAUCGUGUGCGCCCAGCAAACACUGCGACUGAAGGGUGCCUCGGAUAUUUUAGGGGCUUAAAGAUGUAAUGAGGAUAUUUUCUUAAUUAUCAUCUUUCCAUGGAAGGUUGUCAAAACAGAAAAACAUGACUUGAUUGUGUUAUGCAAAAACAAAAACAAAAUUAAAAUAAUUAUUUAACUAAAAAUAGUAACGUGGCUUUUAUUUUUUAUUUGCAUUAUUUUUAGGGAUAGCUACUUAAUUAAUAAAUGAAUUUUCAAAAAAAAAAAAAUUCAAAAAAAAAAAAUUCAAUUAAAAAGGGUUCCAUCACUAAAAAGCACUGCAAACAUUAUUUUAUAUGAUGAACGCUAAUGGAAAAAAACAAACUUACUUAUAAUUAUAAUGCUUAGACUAACUUUUCUAAAUAUGUCCUAAUUUUACCAGAAUAAAAAAGAAAAAAAAAACAGUUUUAUUUGAAUGGUUUUGAAAACUGGUCAUUUUUAUAAAUUGCAUAUGAGCGGCAUAACUAUUUUAAGAAGACAUGAGUUGUUAACAGAAGACAUUAAAUUUAUUAAUGUGUGAUUUUAACUAAGGGCAAUUCGUAUGCAAAUAAAGUAUAAAUUUCCCAUUGUUCAGGAGAUUGAAAUUUUUAUUUGGCAUUUCAAACUACUAGAACUUUCUAGAAUAGCCUCUUCUCUAUACUUUAAAACAUUUUUAUCUAAAUCCACAGAAUCUAUUUUAAAUUGAGGAAUUAGGAAUAAGAAUUUUUUUUAAACACGUUCCAAAAGAAGGGAAUUGACAUGAUAAUUGAAACGCUAGUUCACACAAAAAAUAUUCUUAGCUUUCUACAGGAUUUUCAUUUAAAAUAAAAUUAAUAAUAUAAAAAAAUGAUGGCAAUGACAAUGGAUGGGGCACUUUGUUUUUUAUUCUGACAUUAAAAAGAGAAAAGCAGAUGGGAAGUUAUUAAUAAUAAAUAUAGGCUAACGGCUAAGUAUUAAAAAAAAAACCAAUCUGUUAUUCAGGAAACUUUUGUAACAAAUAUAGCACAUUUAAAGAAUUCAAAAAAACUUUGAUUUAAUAGUAAUUUAUGAAACGUGCACUGUUUCCUUGCGGUCUUUAAAUUCUAAGUUAGAAAAAAAAAGCAUGAUGCCUAAUUUUUUAGCCAUGCUUUCACGAUGAACUCUAAUUGGAAAACAGAUUGCACAUGUUUAAUACUUGACUUACUAUUAUUAAAAUUGUAGACCUUUAUAGGUAUGUAAAUGUAUUUUAAUAUAGUGUCAUUAAAGUCUUUAAACUUGUGGCGUUGCAAAAAAAUAAAUAAAUAAAAAUAGUGGCAUACACAACAGGAAGUAAGACUGAAGCGGUCAGUGCGAUUUUUAUAACCGAAUACUAUAACUUGAAUAGGCUUAAAAAUACGGAUUAUUAAAUAUAUUGAGCCUGGGGAUAUUUUAUAGAUUCCACUAUUUGUAAUCGGUUAAAGUUAAAGGCACCAGUUUUUUUUAUAUUGUUGUACACACUGUGCUCCGGCUGGGGGGGUGGGGGGGGGUGGGGGAGGAGGAGGCAGUGCAGAGUAUGUUAGUAUUUAUUUAGUCCCAUAAGAGUAUGUUAGUAUAUAUCUAGUCCCAUACAAGUAUAUUAGUAUUUAUCUAGUCUCAUACGAGUAUGUUAGUAUUUAUCUAGUCCCAUAAGAGUAUGUUAGUAUUUAUCUAGUCCCAUACGAGUAUGUUAGUAUUUAUCUAGUCCCAUAAGAGUAUGUUAGUAUUUAUCUAGUCCCAUACAAGUAUGUUACUAUUUAUCUAGUCGCAUACAAGUAUGUUAGUAUUUAUCUAAACCAGUGGUUCUCAACCUUACUAAUGCCGUGACCCUUCAGCAAAGAUCUUCAUGUUGUGGCCACUCCCAACUAUAAAAUAAUUUUCGUCGCUACUUCAUGAAUAUGUGUUUUCCGAUGGUCUUUUGUGACCCCUGCGUAAAGGUCGUUGGACCACAAAAGGGUCGUGACCCACAGGUUGAGAACCACUGAUCUAGUCCCAUACGAGUAUGUUAGUAUUUAUCUAGUCCCAUAAGAGUAUGUUAGUAUUUAUCUAGUCCCAUACAAGUAUGUUAGUAUUUAUCUAGUCCCAUACGGGUAUGUUAGUAUUUAUCUAGUCCCAUACAAGUAUGUUAGUAUUUAUCUAGUCCCAUAAGAGUAUAUUAGUAUUUAUCUAGUCCCAUUCUUAUAUGUUGUUUUCUAAUUUCUUAGAGGGUGAUGUAUGAGUCUAAGCGGAACUCACAUGAACUAUUUUAAAUCUGUCCCUUGUAUUCCUUGACUAUUUCAAUUUAACAAGAAAUAUUUCACUUUACCAUUUCCUUUGACCAUUUAAUUUCAGAGGCCAGAAUCCACUUCAUUUACUGGGCCAAUAUGGUAAGGACAAUGCAGCAGCCAUAUUUGAAUUGUUCAAAGAAACCAUGCCAGAAUACCCCAUCGACAGAACUGACCUUGAAGGAAACACAGGUCUGCAUCAUUAAACAUGGCUCCUGGGGAUAGUGUGAUAAUCAAUGGCAACACAUUUUGUUUAGACCAGGCCUGCCUAACUAAAAAUGGUAGGCGGGCCGUAAUACUCACUGAAAAACUUGUGCCGCCCGAAAGAAAAAAGGACAGGAGGGAAAGCCAUGAAGAAAAUUAUAAUAAUAAUAAAGAAUAUUUCAUUACUUCGCGGGAUGCAAAGUGGGUGCUGGUUGGCUGCAUGCUUUAGACAUCUGAACAUAUUAUUAACUAGUGUACCAGUGGUGUCAAGGGUGAUAAUUCAGAUUUUUCUAUUAGCGGUUUCCCUUUUAUUAUCCUUUAAAUUAUGAUUUAAAUUAAAUCAUGUAAAUGCUUGAUUGCUACAGAUCACCAAGUAAUGAAGGGUAAUGUGCUAGCUAACUAUCCAAAGGAGCCAAAAUGAUCAAUAAAUUGAUCGUGGGCCCUUAAGAUAUAGAAGAAGAAGAAGAAGUUUCUUGGGUUCCUGGUCGAAGAAAAAAAAUUAAUUCCCCGAGCACCUUUUAUAUUUAUAUAGAUUUUAGUACAUUAUUCUUAAAAGAUAUUUUAUAAACCUUCCAACCCUCAAAAUAUAGAAAACUUUUCCAUAUUGAUAUCUUAAUAACUUCAUAUUAUAUUUUCUCCAAGGUUUUUAUAAAUUAAUUAAAAAAACAACAACAUAAUUUUGUUAUAUUAUGUCCAAAUUUUCUUCAAUUAGUUCACCUUCCAUGAUAGGAAUUAGAUAUAAUUGAUGUUCUAUGAUAGGUAUUAUUAUAUGCCAUUUACCUUCCAUAUAGGAAUUAGAUGUAAUGAAAGUUCUAUGAUAGGUAUUAUGUGUAAUUUACCUCCCAUGAUAGGAAUUUGAUGUAACUUAUCCUAUCUGUUGCAGCCAUCCUGCUGGCAUACCUCAAUGGCAAUGGCAGCCUGUGUCGGGCUUUAGUUCGUGCAGGAGCCUGCCUGGGUCAGGUCAACAAGCAAGGUCUCAGUAUAUUUAAUGCACCCGUAGCCACAAAACAGCUGCUGGUCAAACUGUUAGGUGAGUCGAUAAAUUAAUGGAUUGAUCUUUAAAAAAUCUUGAAUUGAAUUAACCAUUGAAAAUUUUGAUUUCAAUCUAUAGACAUGUUAUUCAUACAUUUUCUUUUUACUGAAUUUGUUUGUAUCUAUACAAUAUUUCUAUUUAGACAUGUUAUCCAUUAAAAUAUUUCUAUUUACAGACAUGUUAUCUAUUAAAAUAUUUCUAUUUACAGACAUGUUAUCUAUUAAAAUAUUUCUAUUUACAGACAUGUUAUCUAUUAAAAUAUUUCUAUUUACAGACAUGUUAUCUAUUAAAAUAUUUCUAUUGACAGACAUGUUAUCCAUUAAAAUAUUUCUAUUUACAGACAUGUUAUCUAUUAAAAUAUUUCUAUUUACAGACAUGUUAUCUAUUAAAAUAUUUCUAUUUACAGACAUUUAUCCAUUAAAAUAUUUCUAUUUACAGACAUGUUAUCUAUUAAAAUAUUUCUAUUUACAGACAUUUAUCCAUUAAAAUAUUUCUAUUUUGACAUGUUAUCCAUUAAAAUAUUUCUAUUUACAGACAUGUUAUCCAUUAAAAUGUUUCUAUUUACAGACAUGUUAUCCAUUAAAAUAUUUCUAUUUACAAUCUUGUUAUCUAUUAAAAUAUUUCUAUUUACAGACAUUUAUCCAUUAAAAUAUUUCUAUUUAGACAUGUUAUCCAUUAAAAUAUUUCUAUUUACAGACAUUUUAUCCAUUAAAAUGUUUCUAUUUACAGACAUUUAUCCAUUAAAAUAUUUCUAUUUAGACAUGUUAUCCAUUAAAAUAUUUCUAUUUACAGACAUGUUAUCCAUUAAAAUGUUUCUAUUUACAGACAUGUUAUCCAUUAAAAUAUUUCUAUUCACAGACAUGUUAUCCAAAGAACCCCCAUGGAGUGAUGGUGAAAUGUGUUUAGAAUGUAAUGCCAAAUUUAACAUUAAAACAAGGAAACACCACUGGUGAGCUAUGUGUACUUAGAGUUAAGUAUGGUGAAAUGUGUCAUGGAGUGUGGGGCGGAUGUGUUAAAAUUUAACAGUGCAGUCAAAACAUUAUGUGAAUAAAGCUGUUGAUUUGUGUGCUAACUUAUCUCAACACAAUUCAGAAAAAUGUCUUGUGAGCAUUAUAGUCCUAGGAUAUUUCAGCAGUUUUUAAUAUCUGCUCUACUGAGCUGUCUUAUCUUAUAAGACUCAAUUAUGGUGAUACAUAAUUUACCCUCAGUGAUGAUUCCAUGUAUCAGCAAAUAUACUCUUUACCACAAAGCUAAUAAAGGGAAAUAUUUUGAUUUGGUAGUCAGCCAUGCCUUGUGUUUGACCCAAGCAAAUAUUGAAAUGUAAAUUAACAAUUUUCAAUAUUUCCUUUGCCAUUCAUCUUCACCAAUGUUUCUUCUAUUUAAACUAUGAUAAAAGGAAGAUCCUGGCCCACUUAUCAUCCAAUGAUUUCCCUAGCAAAUACUCAAGUGUCUGUUAAAGUUAAUUCUAUCAAAUCUUUGAGUUGUCUACCAAGUGUCUGUUUGGUUCGUCUUAUGAAACAGCAAAAAAAAAACAAAAACUCAGCAUAAUCAAAUAACUAGAUCAACACUGCUAUUUUGAGCUCACAUUGUUAUUUUCAGUCCUGAAAUAUGGAGUUUGUAAGCUUAUUUUAUGGAGACAUGGACUAUUUAUAAAAGAAUCAGAGACAUUUUUUGUAUAACUCAUGGUGUUAAGGUGUAAUGCAUAAAAAUAUUAAUACAUUGUGUGCAAUAAAAAACAAAUAAAAUUUUAUUUAAUAUCCGAGUCACAUUUAGCAUUACAAUGAUGCCAUAAAGAGACUCCGCUGACUUCUGCUUACCUGUCAUAAAUAAUCAUAUAUGGUAAAAUUAACUGACCUUUGUCCUGUUUUCUCUCCAGUCGCCACUGCGGUCGUCUCCUAUGUGCAAAGUGUUCCAGCAAAGACAUGCCUAUUGUCAAGUUUAACCUGAGCAAGCCGGUCAGGGUCUGUGAUGUGUGUUUUGAUGUGUUGUCAAUUGGUGGUCAGUUUUAACCAUGUUCACACUGGAUUGACACUUCUAUUGUGCCAGGAUGUGUAGCCUACAUGAGACAUUACAUGGAUAGGUGCUCGUGGUCUCCUGACAUUGUCUUUGAUCAUAGUCCAGAGCAGUGGAUUGUACCCCAAGCCCAUUUUAUUUGUUGUAUCACGGAAAUAUUCUUUUUCUUUCCUAUUAAGAAAAUUUUUGUUUUAAUAAGUAUUUGUUGCUGUCUUCAACUAAAUUUUAAUCAGAGAAGCUCAAGGGUGGCCAGAUUUUUAUACAAAUAAUGUCAAGGAUUUAUUUUCCAUAACAGUCUAUUGGGCUUGUAUAUCAUCAAAUGCUGACACUUGUCUGUUGAAGCUACUUAUUAUUUUUAUAUGGGCCAAUCAAAUAGGCUGAUGUAGAUGAGCCAUAAAACUUAAACAGGUGGACAUUGGGCAGGUACAAAUAGGCUCAUGUGGGUGAGCAACUAGACUUUGACAUGUGGACAUUUGGGCCAGUGCAAAGAGUUAAGCUCAAUGAGAAAUAAAUCACUUUCAGCCAGGUAAAAGGUCAUUCAUUGCAAAUAUCUCGACAUGUACAUCCGUUAUGCGGUACACCUCUUUGUUUUAUCUGUCUGCAGCUUCAGCUUGGAAACAUGAGAUUUUUAUUAUACCUUGUACAUUUUAAACGCAGUGGCAUAGGAGUAGUUGACUUGAAACGGCUAAGUGCCAUCGCUGAUGGCCCAUCCUCAUGCAAAACAUGCACCCCUACCCCUGCUUGGAUCAGGCAAAAAGCCUGCGUUCCCCCACCCCCACUGAUGGUAUGUGAUCUACCUAAUUGUAAUGUCUUGUAAAUAAUGAAAAUAUUAGCUAGCAAUCUUCAUGUUUAUAGUCUGGAGUUGUGUUUUGUGGGCACAACAUGGCCGACCUACAUGAUGCAGACCAGAUUUUGGUGCUAUGGGAAUCAAUCAAUAUAAUGCCACCAUAAAAUUCAUUUGGUGACUAUAUGAAAAGAUAAAAAUCAGAGGCAAUGAAUUUAUUAGAGGUAAUUUUAUUUUUUCUUAGCACAAAUGUUUACCAAAAAUAUGGUAGAAAAUUUUCUUUUUCUCACAUUAAAUAUUAUUGUAUAUAAUUAUGAUACAGCUAGAUUUAGGUCACAGACAGAUUGUGACACUACUAGAUUUAUGGCAUAGGCAGAUUGUGACAACUAAAUUUAUGAGACAGACAGAUUGUGACACAACUAGAUUUAUGAGACAGAUUGUGAAAACUAGAUUUAUGACACAGACAUAGUGUGACAACUAGAUUUAUGACAGACAGAUUGUGCCACAACUAGAUUUUUGAGACAGACAGAUUGUGACACAACUACAUUUAUGACACAGACAGAUUGAGAUACAACUAGAUUUAUGAGACAGACAUAUUGUGACCCAACUAGAUUUAUGACACAGAAAGAUUGUGACACAACUAGCUAUAUGAUACAAAUAUAGGACACUACCAGAUGACACAACAUAUGAUGACACAGAUAAUACCAACAGGAAAGGAUUAUGUCGUGACUAGACACAUGAUACAAAUAAAAUAUGAACAAACAUAUGAACCUAACCCAUAAGCUUUUUAUUAUUUUUAUCUAUUCGUUAUUAUGAAAACUGUUUUGUUAAAUCUGGAACAAAUCUUUUCAUUUAUGAAUUAUCACCUAUAAAUAUUGUUGUGCAACAUUUGAAGAUUUUCUGUGAAAAUUUAACUUUAUUGUCUUGUCAUGUGUGUAUGCACAAUGUGUCAGUCUUGUCAUGUGUGUAUGCACAAUGUGUCAGUCUUGUCAUGUGUGUAUGCACAAUGUGUCAGUCUUGUCAUGUGUGUAUGCAGAGUGUGUCAGUCUUGCCAUAUGUGUAUGUAGAGUGAAAGAAAAGAGAGGAAUAAUGUCUGUACAAAAAUGGAUGUGAGGAAAUUAUUCUUAAUUACUUACUAGGUGUACCCUUGUCAGUGGCUUAGUCAUUACCAAUGUUCUCAUUAUUGCCAUCAUUAUCAUUUCAUUGUCAUAGAGUCGUCAUAGCUAUUAUUGUCAUACAUUUUAUUAUUAUCAUUCCGAGGAUUAUCAUCAUCAUUAUUGCCAAGGAUUUCAUUACAGUAAAACCUCUGUUUUAUGACCUUUAAUUUGCAGUUAAAACAAGGUGGUAAAUUGGAGGGGUCUUAAAAAAGAGGAGGACAUUUUCGAAAAACUACAUUUAGAAAAUUAAGUAAACAAUAUACAAAAAAUAUAGUACCAUUGAGUAUAGGCAAUACCUAUCAUCAUCUUUCUUUCAGAAAUAUAGAUUAAACUCUGUCUCACAACCAAUACAGUCACUAUCUUCCUGUUCCUCAUUAAUUCCAAAAGAAAAAAUCAAUACUGGUAUGGUAGUUGUUAAAAGCAUGUGUAAAUGCAGAGUCAUGCAUAUUAAUGUAUAAGAUAAGCUCAUUAAUAUUGUUGUAAUUAUUGUUAUUGUGGCAUGAAUGUUGACCAGGUCAUUUGUCUGCGGCAUGAAUGUGUGACCAGAUCAUUUGUGACAUGAAUGUGUGACCAGAUCAUUUCUCAGUGACAUGAAUGUUGACCAGAUCAUUUGUCUGUGACAAAAAUGUUGACCAGAUCAUUUCUCAGUGACAUGAAUGUUGACCAGAUCAUUUGUCUGUCAUAUGAAUGUUGACCAGAUCAUUUGUCUGUUACAUGAAUGUUGACCAGAUCAUUUGUCUGUGACAUGAAUGUUGACCAGAUCAUUUGUCUGUGACAUGAAUGUUGACCAGAUCAUUUGUCUGUGACAUGAAUGUUGACCAGAUCAAUUGUCUGUGACAUGAAUGUUGACCAGAUCAUUUGUCUGUGACAUGAAUGUUGACCAGAUCAUUUCUCAGUGACAUGAAUUUUGACCAGAUCCUUUGUCUGUGACAUUAAUGUUGACCAGAUCAUUUGUCUGUGACAUUAAUGUUGACCAGAUCAUUUCUCAGUGACAUGAAUUUUGACCAGAUCAUUUGUCUGUGACAUGAAUGUUGACCAGAUCAUUUGUCUGUGACAUGAAUGUUGACCAGAUCAUUUGUCUGUGUUUUAUGAAUCUGUGGAUAUUAUCCUUUAUUGUAUUUAUUUUCUUUUUAUCUUUGAGAUGCUUAAAGCGAGGAUGGAAUGAACAAAGAACAAAUAUAGUUUUUGAAGAAAUACCAAAUUAUUUUUUAAUGAAUGUACAAGUUGUACCUAUAUGUCUUGUCUGAGUCAGACUGUGCCAAUUGAAAUUGUAAGCAUGUGUAAUUUAUUGGCUUUUGUAAGAUUUGUAACUUAAAAUAGGUUACACUUGUAGCAUCCUUAUGAUUACAUUAGCACAUGUAUUCAUUAGUUUGAUCUAAUACUCAAAGAUUGAAUAGCAGUUUUGAUGCUGUACAAGUCAUUUUUACAUCAUUCUUUUUUACCCUUUGCUUUUAACUUGAUUCAUUGUACAAGACAAACUGCACAUGUUUUUGAAGCAUUCCAUUGAAUAUUCACAAUCACUCUCUAUGUAUAAAUUCAUUCAAACAUGUAAUAAAGAGUGGACAUGUU